AUGACUACGUGCAAGCGCAUCCUGUGUUGGUUCUCCUGCUGGCGGGCUCGUUCUGCUUGGUACGGCGUCUAUGUGGUGCUGGCGCGGAUCAGCGUGGCUGGUGUGGUCGCCUCCCAGCUGGGACUCAUGCCGCACGUCUGGGGAGACCUCUACGGCACCUCGCUUUGCGUCUAUCUCACACUGGCUGUCCUCAGUGCGUGGUUCAAGAUGGUGCAAUUCUACUUGGCGAGACCCAAAGUGGACGCGCUACUGCGGGAGCUGAGCGGGGAGGUGCUGCUUCACGCGGAGGACCUCAGCGAGGGCACGGAGGAUGUCUUCCGGCGGUUCCAGAAGCGGUCGGGCAUGUUCCGGCGGGCGUUCCUGGUGGUGGGCCACCUCACCAUCCUGUCGUGGGCCGCAAAGCCGUUCCUGGACCGCCUGCUGGGCUCGGGUGGGCCGCUGUCUCUGCCGCAGGACGCCUGGUAUCCUUUCGACACGACGCGCAGCCCGUACUACGAAAUCGCCUACCUGCACCAGGUACUGUCGCUGUACGUGGCCGCGACGUGCGUGGUGACAGUGGACGUGUUCUUCACGACGCUCGUCAUGUACCUCGCGGCGCAGCUGCAGGUCCUUAACCUGCACCUGCAGGCCAUGGACUGCCGACCCCGUUUGACAGCAGCCACCGACGACACGAUGGACGCCUGCAACAACCCAGUCGUCGCCAAGAAGUCAGAGGAAGCAGACGAACUUCCGUCAGCUAACCCUCGCGACGCCCACGCGCAGUUGGUUCGAAAUGUGCUGCACCACCAGGUUAUCAUAAGGAGUGUAUAUGUAGACUCAGUGUUGGAGGCGUCGUGCCGUUUUCUAAGGGAUACCUACGCUCGAAUUUAA